AUGUCUUCUAACGCCAAUCGUGGAUUGUCACACCGCGGUGUUCUUCACGAAUAUGCUCCCAGGCUCGUAGCCUUCGAGUUCACAUCGCCCACCAAAGCGAGCAGCAAGCCAAAUAGCUUGAUCUUCGUGGGCGGGCUGACGGACGGGUUUUGCACAGUUCCCUAUGUAUCAAAGCUAGCGGAAGCUCUAGAGGGGUCGGAUUGGUCACUGUUCUCCAUCUUAUUGACAUCUUCGUACAAUGGAUUCGGAACCAGCAGUCUCGACAGAGAUGUGGAGGAACUUGGUAAAUGUGUGCAGUUCAUUCGAGACCUCAAAGCCGAUCGACUACCUGGAGCACCUUCAGCGUCUGGGAAGAUCGCGAUCAUGGGCCACUCGACAGGCAGUCAGGAUGUCCUGCACUAUCUCUACGCUCCCAAUCCUCUUCCCAAGACGGAUUUCGACAUGGGACUCCACUACAUUGUUCGGCCCGAGAUAGACGGUGCAAUCAUGCAAGCCCCGGUCUCCGACCGAGAAGCUAUCCUCGCUACUAUGGAGUCUGCCCCCAAUCCGAAUGAAGCACGAGGAGCCUAUGACCAGCUCGUGGAUGCCGCCAAGACCCGGCCGUGGACCGCAGAUGGAACAGACUCCAUUCUUCCCAUGAACAUGGUUGGAAUGACUGGUCUGCCGGGUGAUGCGCCACUCAGUGCUCGCAGAUUCCUCAGUCUGGCUAGCCCGGACAGCCCAGCAAACCCAUCGGAGGAUGACCUCUUUAGCUCCGAUUUAAGUGAUAAGCGCCUUGAGGAGACCUUUGGGGCAAUCGGGUCUCGCGGUAUUUUGCAGACAAAGUUGUGUGUUCUGUAUUCUGGCAGUGAUGAAUAUUGCCCGUCGUGGGUGGACAAGGAGAAAUUGAUGGGAAGAUGGAAACAGGCCACCGAGGCCGGAGGUGCCAAAUGGGAUGCGGAAACCAGUGGCCUCGUUUCUGGUGCAAGUCACAAUGUUCAGGACCAAGGCCAGACGGACCUGAUUGACCGCGUCGUCCGAUACCUGGAGAGUCUCUGA